AGUUCGGCUACUUGGAAUUUAACGUUCUUAUUAAUAUAGAGGCAUUCGGGGGAUCGACAGAGAGACAGAGAGUGAAGAGAGGAAGAAAGCAUGGCGGUCGCGAAAUCAAUGGAUUGUGGUUUGAGGAGCCAUGGAUUUCCGGCGGCUUCCUUCGCUUCAAAAUCACUGAAGAAGGUUAGGGCUUUCACUGUGAGGUGCUCCUCUGUUCCUCUUUCCACAGACGGUGCUGCCGUUGGUUUGAGGGAAAGGCCUUGGAAAAUAGCAGAUGCAAGACUUGUGCUUGAAGAUGGUUCAAUUUGGAAGGCCAAAUCAUUUGGGGCUUCAGGAACCCAAGUUGGUGAAGUGGUCUUCAACACAUCGUUGACAGGGUAUCAGGAGAUUCUUACUGACCCUAGUUAUGCUGGCCAGUUUGUCCUGAUGACAAACCCACAUAUUGGGAAUACCGGUGUUAAUUUUGAUGAUGAAGAGUCAAGACAAUGUUUCCUAGCAGGUUUAGUAAUUAGAAGCCUAAGUAUCAGCACUUCAAAUUGGAGAUGCACAAGAACACUUGAAGAUUAUCUGGUAGAGCGGAAUAUUAUGGGAAUAUAUGAUGUAGACACACGUGCAAUCACUCGUAGAUUAAGACAAGAUGGAAGUCUUAUAGGUGUAUUGAGCACAGAAGAAAGUAAAACAGAUGACGAGCUGUUAGAAAUGUCUCGUAAAUGGGACAUUGUUGGUGUGGAUUUAAUAAGUGGGGUGUCCUGUAAUGCCCCCUAUGAAUGGAUUGACAAAACAGAUUCAGAGUGGGAGUUUAGCUCAAAUAGGAAGUUUGGAGAGACUUUUCAUGUUAUUGCGUAUGAUUUUGGAAUCAAGCAAAAUAUAUUAAGGCGCUUGGCAUCAUAUGGUUGUAAAAUUACUGUGGUCCCUUCAAUGUGGCCAGCAUCUGAGACUCUCAAGAUGAAACCGGAUGGAGUUCUUUUUAGCAAUGGUCCAGGAGAUCCAUCUGCAGUUCCUUAUGCUGUAGAAACAGUCCAGCAAAUAAUUGGAAAGGUUCCUGUUUUUGGAAUUUGCAUGGGCCACCAAUUGCUUGGUCAGGCUUUGGGUGGUAAAACCUUUAAGAUGAAAUUUGGCCACCAUGGAGGGAAUCAUCCUGUGCGUAACUUUCGAAGUGGCCAUGUAGAGAUCAGUGCACAGAAUCACAACUAUGCUGUUGACCCUGCAUCACUUCCCGAGGGCGUGGAAGUAACUCAUGUUAAUCUCAAUGAUGGAAGCUGUGCUGGACUUGCUUUCCCUCAACUAAAACUCAUGUCUCUUCAAUACCAUCCGGAAGCAUCCCCAGGACCUCAUGAUUCAGAUCUUGCUUUUGCGGAUUUUAUUCUGCUGAUGCGACAAGAAAAACAAGGCGCAUAGAAAAGUCUUCUCCAGGUUAAUUCAGUCGGUGAUAUGCAUGUAGGAUACAAUUCAGUGGUGAUAAAAGCCUGGUUAAACAUCAAGGGAUGGUGACAGUGAAAGGAAAAACUACCAUAUAGGCUGGAAAUUGUUUCAAUGGAUGCUACUGUUGGCUGUUGAGUUGUUGAUCAGAACUAGUUUGUGUGGUCAUCUAAUCAGCAAGAAUAAAACACUACUUGAUUGCACCAAGGAAUACGACUGAGAACUUACAUUUCUCCUUGUAAAACCUUCAAGCUGGCAUCUUGUCUAACUUUUAUGCUUGGAAUGCAAGACCAACUGGGAAAUCUAUAUAAACGUCUAUGUGGUGUUCUGA